AAGCAGGUCAAUAUGAGGUCUAGAGGAUCAUCAACCUCAGUUGUUUCUCUUCAUUCCAUCUCUUAAUUUCCUUUGCAUUUCACUACACGAUGUUCACACCUGCUGCCUUUAUUACUCUUUUGACUGCCCUUUCUGGCAUCACUGCUCUGCCUUUCAGCGAGCUUGUCAGGAUCCUUCCCAGGGAUAUUUCCCACAUUGCCAUGGACGAGGCCAGCGGUCAUUACCUCGCUUUCAACUGGGACGGUUCUCUCUAUGGUAGAUAUCCUGCUGAUGCUGAAUCCAAUGGCCUCAAUUGCCAUGCUACCAGUCAAUUGCCGGGAUGGGAUGCCAUUGUGCAGCAUGCCAACGAUAACUGGGGCAAUGGCUCCUGCAACAUUGUUACAAACCCUAGUGAUUACGUCGACAAGCCUGCACAGGUCUGCAUUACUGAUGAGGUUGUCGAGCUCAGUUUCUCCGGUGACCCGGUCUGCCAGAUGCAUAACUCCACUGCAGGCAGCCUCAUUGGUACCAAGGGUGAAGUUGAUAUCAAAGUUGACCAAGGCUUCGACACUGAUACUUCUUACACCGUCACUACUGCUUCAACUAUUGGCAUUGAUGACACACUCACUGCCAAAGUUGGCAUUCCAGAGGUAGCCGAGGUCACUGAGGCCCUGACAAUCUCUACCGAGGUUAUGGAUACCUCUUCGAGCAUGUAUAGUCGAGCAAGUUAUACUCGUUUUGACGUCGUCUAG